AUGCAGCUCUCAACCCUCUUGCUCGCCUUCGCCACCACCGCCCUCGCAGGAGACUGGGCCGCGAACCAAUACUCCAAAGCCGGCUGCUCCGACGCCGACGAGAUCGGCGAGUCAGCCACCUCGACCAUAGGCGACGGCACUUGCAUCAGCAUCGACAACUCGACUGUCGCCGUCAAGCUCUACAACGGCGGCGGCGUCAACGACAAGUGGGUCAUGUACUCGGGAUCCAGGUACGGGAACGCGUGCAGCGGCGACGAAGGAUUGUACGUCUGA